AUGGGCUUCAUCAAGGCCGAGACCCAGCCUGCCUACCAACCCGUGCCCACGGGCCAGGCCAGCAGCUCUCACUCCGACCACUUCGCCUUUCUCCCCUUUGCCCCACCCUCGAUGGACGGCCUCCAGCCCGCCGAGCUGUGCAAGCAGGGCCUCGGCAGCGAUGGCCGUUCCAAGGUGGCGCGCGCCUGCACCGAGUGCAAGUCGCGCAAGAUGCGGUGCGACGGCGGCCUCCCCUUCUGCGGUCGCUGCAUCACGCACAGCCGUACAAAGUCGUGCGCCUACGUCGACCCGCCCAAGCGCUCCCCCAUCACCCGACAGUAUGUCAGCUCGCUCGAGACGCAGCUGGAGGAGGCCAACCGGAGAAUCGCAGAGAUGGAGGCCAAGACAUCCAGCGAGGCCACGGCCUCGGGCGCAAGCGGCCCCUCGUCAGCAUCAAACGGCGACAAGGUUGCGGGCUCAACCGCCACCGACGCCGCCUCUGCGGCCGACGGCGAAGACGCGGCAGCCGACAGCCUGGCCACCUCUUCUUCCAACCCGGCAUUGUCCCCUCCGGCCUCGACAUCGACGAGGAGCCGAGCCUGGACGAUCGGGCAGGGCAUCGGCGCCGCCGAGCGCGACAGCCUCAACUCCAAGAAGCGCACACGCACCCACGGCGGAAGCAGCGGCGCCGCCAACGAGGUCGGGUCGAGCAACGCAACGGCGACCGUUGCCGGUAUGGGCUCGCCCUCGUCGUCGAGGUCCCUCGACGUGCCGCAGCGGCCAUCGCUGCAGGCACAGCGCCAAUUCACGUCGCUCCGCAACAUCUACCCGCCGCCCAAGAGCCUGGUCGAGCGCUCCGACGACGCUACACUCGGAGCCGGCACGUUCAUCGGCCUCAGCACCGCCACCGCCGUCCUGCGCGUCAUCAGCCAGCUCUGCAAGGCGGCCCAGACGGCUCCGUCGGUCGCUGGUCGCCCGCGCAACUUCGACGUAACCACCACGGGCGAAUCCGACGACGGCGCCAGCGAGCACCGCUCUCAGCACCAGCGCGAAGACUCGCCCGAGCUCACUUGCGAGACGCUCGUACGCGUCGACGGAGGCCCGCUCGACGACGGACACCCGAGCACCAUUGAGCGUUACUCGGCCCACCUGCUGCCCAUGGACACCGACCCGGCGAUGUGGUCCGAGUCUCACCGCCACGCCGCCGACGGCCUUCUCGACGCCUACUUUGAGCUCCACCACCCAGCCUACCCGAUCCUCCACGCCGCCACCUUCAAGGGUCAGCUGCGUGGCGAGCUUCCGCGACCGAGCGCCGGCACCUGGCCCAUGCUACUCAACAUGGUCUUUGCACUUGGCUCGUUCGAGAGCCGCCUCUCGGCCGACGCCCCCGAGCUCGAUCUGCACUACUACGGACUCGCCCGCAAGGCCUACAACUCGGCCAUCUUCACCGAGCCGAGUGUCGUCACGGUCCAAGCGCUCGCCCUGAUGGCCAACUACUGUCAGAAGCGCAACUUCUACUCGACGUCGUGGAUGGUGCUCGGCUCGGCCGUCCGCAUGGCCAUCUCGCUCGAGCUCCACCUCGAGAAGCCUGCCUCGCCCAAGUCGCGCUCGCCGCUCGACAAGGAGCUCCAGCGCCGGCUGUGGUGGACGCUCUACACGAUGGAGGCCGACAUGGGCCUGAGCUUCGGCCGUCCCAACGGCAUCAGUGGCGUACCUGCCGAUGUCGAGCUGCCGCGCAACAUCGACGACUCUGACGUGGCCAUUGACGGCGCCGAGCUGCCCGACGAGACCGACGGCCCCUCGCGAUGCUCGACGCUCAUCUGCCACUCUAGGUUCGCCGCCGACAUCUCGCUGCCGAUCCAGGACCGGCUGAUGCGUGCGCCGACGCCGGCCAUCGAGGAGAUCCGCGCCUUCGACCUCACCAUCCAGGACUACGUCGACAAGCUGCCCGAGUACAUGCAGGGCUCCGAGCUUGACCGGGCGCCCGGCUGGUUCACCCACGCCGCCACUCGCCUGCGCUGGCGCUGCAACAACCUGCGCAUGAUCAUGUUCCGGCCCUUCCUCCUCUCGGCCGCACUGGCCGCCUCGGUCGCUCGCCAGCGCGGGGCGGUUCGGCCGGCGCAGCGUCCGGCGGUCAAGCAGGCAAUCGCCCUCUGCCGCCAGCUGGCCAAGGACAACGUCGAGUCCAUCGCCCAGUACUGGGACAGCCACGACCACAACCAGGCGGCCAGCUGGCACGCUGCCUACUUCCUCACCCAGAGCGCCUUUAUCCCGCUCGUCUCGAUCCUCGACGACCCGACCUCCCCCGACGCCGGCGAGUGGCUCGACCUGCUCAAGACGUGCAAGGCGCUGCUCGAGGACAUGGGCAACAUCACGUCGGCCGCGCUCAAGUGCCGUGACCUGAUCCAGUCGGUCACAGCAGGCCUGCUCGACGACCACAUCGCCGAGAGCCGACGGGCGCGCGACCAUCACGCCGGUCACCCGCACCACCUGCACCACCAGCUCCAGCACCACCAGCACCACCAUGCCUGGCUACAGAGCCCGGCCGACCCCGCGACCAUCGAACCAAUGUUCUGGGCGCAGCCGUACGCGGCCAGUGCCAGCAGCGAUGGCACCGACCUCUCGGACGUGGGUGGGCCAUCGUCGCUUGGCUUCUCGCUGGGAUCGGUCGGGAGCGACGGCAUGCCCAUGUUCGACCUCCACUCGCAGAUUGUCCAGACGUCGCUCGAGCAUCGCCCCUCGCUGGCCGAGACGAUCGAUGCUUGGACCGACGUCCGUCCCACGACGACAGGCUCGCAGUGGUCCGACGCCGGGUCCCACUCGUCUAUCAAUGCAGAAUCGCGGCAACAUCUGCAGCCGGGAAACGGCGCCGGGGUCCACCAGCUCGGCGCCAACGGCGCAGGGCCGUCAACGUUUGGCCGUCAGCGCCACUCGUCGUCGGCGGCAUCGAUGACCAACUCUUGGACCUAUGGCUUCCACCUCGGCGACCAGCAAGGCCCCAGCGACACCGCCGCUGGCAUGCCGGAGGCCUCGCUGUUUGCCCACUUCCCGACGCGCAGCCUGGUCUCGAGUCACUCGCAGCAGCAGCAACCGCAACCUUCGAGCUCGGCACGCCCCAUGACUGGCGACGCUGACAGCCACAUCCCAUCGUCUGAUGGGUUCGGCGAUCCGCAGUGGAGGCAUGCAGCGCCGGCCGUCCCGCCGCACCACCAUCAGCAACACCAACACCACCACCACCACUCUCAGCAGCAGCAGCACGACCACCCGACCGGCGACAGCCACGACUCGUGGUGGUCGAACCUUUCCAGCUUUGCCCAGGACCAGCAUCCGCACGCGCCGUCGCAGGGCGGCCCGCACGCGCAGCACCACUCGGGCGCCGGGACGUCGUCCAACGCCGCUGCACCUGGUGGCGACGGCAACAACGUCGCUUCCUCACAGGCGCCGACCGCUGGGUCGUCGCACCAGCACGACGACCACUUUUUCGACCACUCGGCGUUCGCUGGCUUCUGA